AUGAAGAAUAAAGUUAGAAAUCGUCGGAGGCGUGGCACCAAACCCAAGGACUCGGCUUGUCCGUCGAAAGACUCGGAUAUGAAUUUGGGUUCUAUCGACUCUGCUCAUGCUCCUGGACUGGAAGGAAACGACACAGGAAGUACAAAGCCGACACCAGCCAUCUCAGGAAACACUGCAGAGGAUAGGCAGAGAACCCACGCUGCACUCGAUACAAGCAGAACGAAUACCGCUGGUUUGCUAGCUGAUGGAUCUACGGGCUUUCGCCCUCCGCUGGACAGUAAUCCCGCCUUGUGUGAAGAUCUUGUUACCUCUUCCAACAGUGCCACACCCAAGAUUUUAGGCCCUACAGGAUCCGGCGUCUUGUCUCCGCCUGUACACCACGCAGGGAUAGAAGGUGAACUGUACCCUUCUCAACAUGCUCGCCCGUUGGGUGGCAUGGGCCCCAUAGCCAUUACAGGUAACGGGCGCGAAGCAGGAGAAAACAACUCGUUAUGGGAGUCAGUCCAUCGGGCGAAUCCACUCAAAAUGACCGAAGCACACGUCUUUUCAAAUGCUCAUGACAUUGCCGUUAGCGGUGGCACAUUCUACACAGCUAACACUAUCAAUAUCCACGAGGACGAGGCUACGAAGACUUUACAGCUUGACCUCGCAUGGAGCACCGAGAGAAAGGUGGAUAAUAUACUCGCCGAAUUCAGGCUCACGAGACUUGACCCUCUUCUCGCUCGUAAGGCGAUCUACGACGCUGACUUGGGGGCCGGGGCGACAGUGACCCGUGAACCAUGCACCGCAGGCACUCGCGAGGGGAUUCUAAAGGAGAUAAUUGCAUGGGCUGACGACAUCUCGGCGGACAGCCCGCCUGUCUUCUGGCUGACCGGCCAAGCUGGCGCUGGAAAGACGACGAUCGCAUACACCAUUGCCGAACACUUCGAUGAGCUUGAAGACAGUGGACGGCACACCGUCUUGGGUGGAAACUUUCUCUGCUCCCGCCAAUUUGAGGAGACAAGACGACAGAUCCAUAUCAUUCCUACCCUUGUAUACCAGCUUGCUCGGAAGUCGAGAUCGUACGCCGACGCCUUGCAUGAAGCAGAUAGGUUUGACUCGGUCAACAAGCCAACCAAGCAAAUGAAGGACCUCCUUGUGGGCCCAUGGCAGCAUUCCGAAUCCGGACGUCAUGUAGAGCUCCCACCUUACCUCAUCGUUGUUGACGCAUUGGAUGAGAUCGAGGCCGAUGGAGGGUCUCUGUUUCUGCAAAGCUUACUCGAGACAAUCAACCAGCGUCGCCUGCGAGGCCUCAAGUUUCUUAUCACAAGCCGACCAGAUCGUCGUGUUGAGGACCUGUGCAAGACCUUCUCGUCCAAGGCAGUCUGCCGCCUACAAGACGUGCCGAUUGAGCGUGUAGGACUAGAUAUCAACCGGUACUUAGAGAGCAAGUUUCCAAACUUUGUAGACAGGCCGGAGCUCAAGACCAUGGAACAGCUGGCGGGCGGUCUUUUUAUUGCCGCCGCAACCAUCGUGAGGUAUUUGACACCAUGCGAAUUAUCGGAAUCUGAGCAAAGCAAACUACUGAACAGCCUGCAUGAUGAACAAACACUUUCACCAUCUGAUACACAGCAGCCCUUGCUCAUUGACAACCUCUACCAACAAAUCAUGCUUGACGCCUUUUCUAACCUUCCCGAAAACCUCUUCAACUCUCGUUUGUGCAUUCUCCAUACCUUCCUUUGUACAUUUGAACGCACACCAGCAUCUCUUACUGCUGCUCUCCUCUCUGAAUCUGUCGACACUGCAAUGACCGUCUUGAAGAAACUUCAUGCCGUUUUCUACUCCAAAGAUGGCCGGGUCCUUUGGUACCAUGCAUCGUUUCCAGACUUCAUCUUCAGUCACACUCGUUCAACAUUCAAGCUUGGUGGCUGUCGGAUGUCCAUGACAUGUGAUCAGGCCCAACACCAUGCUUUUCUGACAAAAUGUUGCUUCGACCGUAUGAAGGAGUCCCUUCGUUUCAAUAUUGGUGAAAUAACAUCCUCAUUUUUACUUGACACCGAGGACCCAAAGCUGAUGCAGCGGGUUGACACCAAUAUCAAACUGGUCCUGAGGUAUGCCUGUCGGCACUGGGCUCAGCAUUUGGCCCAAACUGGUCAAAAAGAAGGGGAGGAUCUCAGUGACUAUAUCACUGACUUCCUCUGUGUUCGCAUUCUCUUUUGGAUUGAGGCUAUGAACCUACUUGGAUCCAGUGGUCAGUGUACCACAAUGCUUCAGCACACACGUGAGUGGGUUCUGAAGAAUAUGAACAAGGAAGCUGAGUUUGCUGCUGACAUUGCUGAAGCAGCUAAUUUUGCAACCUACUUCACUGCAAAUCCACCAGCUUUGUCUACACCACACUUGUAUAUCUCAGCAUUGGCAUCCUGGUCAACAGGAUCCACCAUAUCCCAACAGUGGAGAUCACAGUUCUGUGGCAUCCCAUCCUUCAUUCAUAGGAAGGCCAGUGAUUUACCACUUAUAAGAAUACAAACAGCUGCACCCAUUUUCUCUGUGGCCUUCUCCACUGACAGCACCCGCAUUGUCUCUGGCUCAAAAGACAAAUCUGUGCGGGUGUGGGAUGCAUCAACUGGGGCUGAGCUGAAAGUGCUCAAUGGCCACAUGAAAGCUGUCAACUCUGUUGCCUUCUCCACUGAUGGCACCCGCAUCGUCUCUGGCUCAGUGUGGGAUGCAUCAACUGGGGCUGAGCUGAAGGUGCUCAAUGGCCACAAAAUGGUGUGGGAUGCAUCAACUGGGGCUGAGCUGAAGGUGCUCAAUGGUCACAUGAAAGCUGUCAACUCUGUUGCCUUCUCCACUGAUGGCACCCGCAUCGUCUCUGGCUCAUAUGACAAAUCUGUGCGGGUGUGGGAUGUAUCAACUGGGGCUGAGCUGAAGGUGCUCAAUGGCCACAUGGAAGCAGUCAAAUCUGUUGCCUUCUCCACUGAUGGCACCUGCAUUGUCUCUGGCUCAUCUGACAAAUCUGUGCAGGUGUGGGAUGCAUCAACUGGGGCUGAGCUGAAGGUGCUCAAUGGCCACAAAUAUGGUGUCAACUCUGUUGCCUUCUCCACUGAUGGCACCCACAUUGUCUCUGGCUCAUCUGACAAAUCUGUGAGGGUGUGGGAUGCAUCAACUGGGGCUGAGCUGAAGGUGCUCAAUGGCCACAUGAAAGCUGUCAACUCUGUUGCCUUCUCCACUGAUGGCACCCGCAUCGUCUCUGGCUCAUAUGACAAAUCUGUGCGGGUGUGGGAUGUGUCAACUGGGGCUGAGCUGAAGGUGCUCAAUGGCCACAUGGAAGCAGUCAAAUCUGUUGCCUUCUCCACUGAUGGCACCUGCAUUGUCUCUGGCUCAUCUGACAAAUCUGUGCAGGUGUGGGAUGCAUCAACUGGGGCUGAGCUGAAGGUGCUCAAUGGCCACAAAUAUGGUGUCAACUCUGUUGCCUUCUCCACUGAUGGCACCCACAUUGUCUCUGGCUCAUCUGACAAAUCUGUGAGGGUGUGGGAUGCAUCAACUGGGGCUGAGCUGAAGGUGCUCAAUGGUCACAUGAAAGCUGUCAACUCUGUUGCCUUCUCCACUGAUGGCACCCGCAUCAUCUCUGGCUCAUAUGACAAAUCUGUGCGGGUGUGGGAUGUGUCAACUGGGGCUGAGCUGAAGGUGCUCAAUGGCCACAUGAAAGCUGUCAACUCUGUUGCCUUCUCCACUGAUGGCACCCGCAUUGUCUCUGGCUCAUAUGACAAAUCUGUGCGGGUGUGGGAUGCAUCAACUGGGGCUGAGCUGAAGGUGUGGGAUGCAUCAACUGGGGCUGAGCUGAAGGUGCUCAAUGGUCACAUGGAAGCUGUCUGCUCUGUUGCCUUCUCCACUGAUGGCACCCGCAUUGUCUCUGGCUCAUAUGACAAAUCUGUGCGGGUGUGGGAUGUGUCAACUGGGGCUGAGCUGAAGGUGCUCAAUGGCCACAUGCAUCGUGUCAAGUCUGUUGCCUUCUCCACUGAUGGCACCUGCAUUGUUUCUGGCUCAUCUGACAAAUCUGUGCAGGUGUGGGAUGCAUCAACUGGGGCUGAGCUGAAGGUGCUCAAUGGCCACAAAUAUGGUGUCAACUCUGUUGCCUUCUCCACUGAUGGCACCCACAUUGUCUCUGGCUCAUCUGACAAAUCUGUGCGGGUGUGGGAUGCAUCAACUGGGGCUGAGCUGAAGGUGCUCAAUGGUCACAUGAAAGCUGUCAACUCUGUUGCCUUCUCCACUGAUGGCACCCGCAUCGUCUCUGGUUCAGCUGACAGUUCUGUGCGGGUGUGGGAUGCAUUGACUGGGGCUGAGGCCAGGGUGCCAAAUAUUCACACACAUUCACACAAUUCCAUCAUGUCUCCUGUUGGUAUCACCUCACACAAUGAAUCUGCACAAUUGUCCAACAUUGAUCAUGCUUACCCUCCUUGGACCAUUGACCAAAAACUCUGGGUUCGUUCUGUACUUGGUGAAUAUCGGCUCAUGUGGGUGCCAGAGGUGGCUUAUCCAUACACCCUUCUUGUGAUUUCCCGUGAACCUUCUGCCAUCAUCAUCUUUGGAGAUUGCAAAAUUGGCCGUGAUUGGGCUGGCUGUUACACACCCACCUAA